AUCGAAAUAAAGUUCAAAGGGUCCACCCCAUCGGCAGUUCGUGAGUGCCGACACAAGGAAUUCGUUAACCUAACAAGCCGUUUGUUUGAGAUUCAUUGCGACGCCCAGGGGGCUAUCACGGAAAUGACGUUGGAAGGGGAUCAUGUGGCGAAGUUGUGUUCGCUUAAUGUGAAUGGUGGUAAAAUAUAUUGAGAAAAGCCAUCGUAACUUAUUAAUUAUAUUUGCAAAUCAACUUUUCUGAAAAAUUCAUGCUUAUACGAGCUCCAUUUAUUCUUUGCACAAUUAUUUAUUUUCAAGUCGCAAAAUUUCAUUUAUAAAGGAAAGGCUCCACCCUUGUCAUUUUGAAAAGCAAAUAUAAAAAUGUUAUGUUCUUACUUCUUGCUCUUCCAUUAAGGUAGGAAUGUUGCGUUGAAACAGAACACCACACAGUCUGAGGCUGACACGCCCGGCAACUUUCCCUCCGACUUGGCUGUCGAUGGAAACCACCUGGCCGAUUUCUCACAACAGUCGUGCACCCUUACGCACGUCCCUGACGUCAAAGUUAAACCGACCUGGAAUUUGACAUUCGAUAAAAGUUACCUGGUUACAAGAUUUGUACUGUACAGUAACGCUGAUGAAUUUGGUAGGUUG